GUGAAUUACAAUAUGAUCAUGACGUUCAAGAAUUUGAAAAUCUACCUUUUAAAAUUAAAAUUGAAACUAUCGAGGGUGAAGAUAAUUCUGCAAGAUUAUUUUUUUUAAAUAAUCAAGAUAAAGAAGAUAAUAUUCCAGAAGGCAUUAUUUGCGUUGAU